GCAGCCCUAUAUACAAAAUGGGAUCUAUAGGCAAAAUCGGCUUUCUUGGAGGCGGCAAUAUGGCCAAAGCUUUGGCCAAAGGAUUCAUAUCCGCAGGUCUCACCAAGCCCAGCGGCAUUAUAGCCAGUGUCCAUCCGGCAGACAAAAUAUCCCAGCAAUCCUUUCAAGCACUGGGCAUUGAGACACUCGUCGAGAACGCGCCCAUUGUGAUGCAAUCGGAGAUUGUGUUUGUGUCUGUUAAGCCGCAGGUUGUGCCCCAAGUUCUGGCAGAGAUCAAACCAAUUAGCGCCAACAAGCUGUUCCUAUCCGUGGCCAUGGGCAUCACCCUGAAGACACUGGAGUCCAGUUUAUCCCCGCAAUCGCGCGUUAUCCGCGUCAUGCCCAACACCCCGGCUCUGGUCUGCUCCGGUUGCUCGGUUUAUGUGCGCGGCAGCCAGGCGAACGAUGCAGAUGCCCAGGUCACCCAGCGCCUUCUCGAAGCUGUUGGCACCUGCGAGCCCUGCGACGAGUCACAGCUGGACGCUGUCACAGCGCUGAGCGGCAGCGGCCCGGCCUAUGUCUUUGUAAUGAUUGAAGCCCUGGCCGACGGCGCUGUUCACAUGGGCAUGCCCAGAGACUUGGCCUAUCGCCUGGCAGCGCAGACAGUGCUGGGCGCCGGUCAUAUGGUACGCGAUUCCCAGACACAUCCCGGCCAGCUGAAGGACAAUGUAACCAGUCCAGCCGGUUCAACUGCAGCGGCAUUAAAGUACCUCGAGCAGUCAGGUUUCCGUGCGGCUGUGGCUGGCGCGGUUGAGGCAGCGACGUUGCGCUGCCGGCAGAUUUCGAGCAAGCAGACCUAGACCUUGGACACAAUAAAAUAGGUUUUGACUUUUGUUUUU